AUUUGAACAAUAGCAUUCAUAGACAGUUCAGAGUAGUUGUUUCACAAAACAAAAAAAGACCAGAAGUGUAGUUAAUGUUACACCACAGAGAAAGAUAAUUCGACUGAGUAUAUACAAUUUUGACAUGUAUACUUAUAUAUGUGUCACCCCAAAGUGAAAGCUGCAGACAUUGAAAGCCUGAGAUUCCUCCCAUUUUGGUUUUUCUCAGAAACACAAGAAGAGCUAAUGGAACAAGCUAAGAAGUCUACAUCUGAAAUUGACGAGAAGCUCGACACAAUCAAGUUAUCUUUUGAUAUAGAAUAUGCAAAAUGGUUGUCGAGAAAUCAGAGUGGAUCUUUCUCUAAGCAUGGAAACCUGUCCAUAGAUGGCGAAUCAUCACCAACUCGCAACAGUAGCAGUAGCACCACUAUUAGAAAAAGGCGGCCUAAGGCGAAUUGCGUGGAGACAAGCUCUGAGCUUCCGGAUCACGAAAUUCAUGGUUUCGUAAACGAGACCUUGUUCUUGAAGAACUUCUUGCUGAAGCAAAAGGAAUCCAAAGAGUUCAAAACUCUAGCGAUUGUGGGGAAGUACGGAGUUGGGAAAACGACAUUGUGUCAGGAUGUGUUCAACAACGAAGAAGUGAAGCAAGCUUAUAUCCCGAGGAUAUGGGUGUCUAUGUACAGCAAAGAAACAAAAGAAGACGAAGAUCCCAAGAUAGAUGUUGUGAAGAGGAUCUUGAGAUCACUUGGAGUUGAAGAUGAGAUGUUUGAACACAUCAAAACAGAAGCAGAGGAAGAGAAGAGAAGCAAAGAUGAAGCUGGGGAAACAGAGGAAGAGACAGUUAAAGAGAAGGAGCUCUCUCGAUUAUUGUAUGCUCUUCACUCAAAUCUGCUAGGGAAGAAGUAUCUGAUCGUGUUGGACGAUGUUUGGGAAGACAACGAGUGGGAUCAGAGGCUCGAUGAUGAGACGAGUCAACAGGAAAGAUCACAUCUUUCUUGUGGGUUUCCUAAAGGGUCUGGUGGGAGAGUGAUUAUGACUAGCAGAGACGAGAGCUUGGCGAAGGAGAUAGUCGGAGAAGAAGAGAAUCUGCAGCAUUUGUUUCCAAGAUCCGAUGCAGAGAGCGUGUGGGAGAUGUACAAAGAUGCAGUAAAAGCAGCCUUGAAGAUAGAAGUGAAACCGAGGUAUCCCGGAAGAUUCAAACAAGAGCUUAUGGACAAGUCUUGUGGUAUUCCUUUAGCUGCUCGAAUGCUGGCGAAGAUUGAGCCUGUGAAAAUGGAUGAAACCGGAGACAUGGAGAGGAAGAAAAGCUUCUAACUUCUAAAGCAAUGUAUCUACAAAUUGUUCUGUAAUAUAAGGAUACAUUUGAGGAUUACUAUUUAAAAUUGUUUUAUUGUCCUGAAAACUGUUAUAGUUGUGACUUAUGGGAGUGUAAACCUUUGACAUUUGAAAAUAAAGAAUGUAAAUAGUUUCAGUAUAAAUGUGUCAAAUUCUAAGAUAAUA